UUUCUUCUCGGCUUCCGAAAGCCUGGUUGAGUCGUGUCCGCGGGCCCCUGGUGGGACGUCCUGGGGAAAGCCGAGCCGCCGGUGAUGGUGCCGUCGCGUUUCGGGAUCCUCUCGUGACGCCUCCGUCGCCCGGGAGGAUGUGGACUCUUGCGGGCCGGGGCUGGUGGCGCGGACGCGCGCUCGCGGCUUCGGCCACAGGGGCCGCGCAUCGGGGCCUCCCCGGACCUCACCCCAUGCCGAGCGGUGGGUCCGCUGCCGAGUGCAGGGCCCCGGACAGGCUCUGCAGCUCUGCAGACCGCAAGGAAAAAAUUGACAUGUCUGGAUUCCCUGUUGAAAAUAUUAGAAAUUUCAGUAUCAUUGCACAUGUGGAUCAUGGCAAAAGUACUUUAGCUGACAGGCUCCUGGAACUAACAGGGACAAUUGAUAAAACAAAGAAUAAUAGGCAAGUUCUUGAUAAAUUGCAAGUGGAACGAGAAAGAGGAAUCACUGUUAAAGCACAGACAGCAUCUCUCUUCUAUAAUUAUGAAGGAAAGCAGUACCUUUUAAAUCUCAUUGAUACACCAGGCCAUGUUGAUUUCAGUUAUGAAGUCUCCAGGUCACUCUCUGCUUGCCAGGGUGUUUUACUUGUGGUUGAUGCAAAUGAGGGUAUUCAAGCCCAAACUGUAGCAAACUUCUUUCUUGCCUUUGAAGCACAGCUAUCAGUAAUUCCAGUUAUAAACAAGAUAGAUCUGAAGAAUGCUGAUCCUGAAAGAGUUGAAAAACAAAUUGAAAAGGUGUUUGAUAUUCCAAGUGAUGAAUGUAUUAAGAUUUCUGCAAAACUUGGAAUAAAUGUUGAAAGUGUUCUUCAGGCAGUCAUCGAAAGAAUACCCCCUCCUAAAGUGCAUCGAAAAAAUCCCUUGAGAGCUUUGGUAUUUGACUCCACCUUUGACCAGUAUAGGGGUGUGAUAGCCAAUGUAGCACUGUUUGAUGGAGUGGUUUCCCAAGGAGAUAAAAUUGCAUCUGCACAUACUCACAAAACAUAUGAAGUUAAUGAAAUAGGAAUUCUGAAUCCUAAUGAGCAGCAAACUCAUAAACUAUAUGCAGGACAGGUGGGCUAUCUGAUUGCUGGGAUGAAAGAUGUCACUGAAGCACAAAUAGGAGAUACAUUAUAUUUACAUAAACAACCAGUGGAGCCCUUGCCUGGGUUUAAAUCAGCGAAACCAAUGGUAUUUGCAGGAAUGUACCCUGUAGACCAAUCUGAAUAUAAUAACCUGAAGAGUGCUCUAGAAAAACUGACUUUAAAUGAUUCCAGUGUGACGGUUCAUCGGGAUAGUAGCCUUGCCCUGGGUGCUGGCUGGAGGUUGGGAUUUCUUGGACUUCUGCAUAUGGACGUUUUCAACCAGCGACUAGAGCAGGAAUAUAAUGCUUCUGUUAUUUUGACAACCCCUACUGUUCCGUAUAAAGCUGUUCUUUCAUCAGCAAAAUUGAUAAAGGAAUACAGAGAAGAGGAAAUUACAAUCAUCAAUCCUGCGCAAUUCCCUGAUAAAUCAAAAGUAAAAGAAUAUUUGGAGCCAGUUGUUUUGGGCACCAUUAUCACACCAGAUGAAUAUACUGGAAAAAUAAUGAUGCUUUGCCAGGCUCGAAGAGCAGUUGAGACGGAUAUGAUGUUUAUUGAUCAAAAUAGAGUUAUGCUUAAAUAUCUCUUCCCUUUGAAUGAAAUUGUGGUGGAUUUUUAUGAUUCUUUGAAAUCCUUGUCUUCUGGAUAUGCUAGUUUUGAUUAUGAAGAUGCAGGCUACCAGACUGCAGAACUUGUAAAAAUGGAUAUUCUACUGAAUGGAAAUAUUGUAGAAGAGCUAGUAACUGUUGUACACAAAGACAAAGCACACUCUGUUGGCAAAGCCAUAUGUGAACGUCUGAAGGAUUCUCUUCCUAGGCAGCUGUUUGAAAUAGCAAUUCAAGCUGCUAUUGGAAGUAAAAUCAUUGCAAGAGAAACUGUGAAAGCUUAUAGGAAAAAUGUUUUGGCAAAAUGUUAUGGUGGUGAUAUUACCCGAAAAAUGAAACUUUUGAAGAGACAAGCAGAAGGAAAGAAAAAACUCAGGAAAGUUGGCAACGUUGAAGUUCCAAAAGAUGCUUUUAUAAAAGUUCUGAAAACACAAUCUAAUAAAUAAUUGGUGGGCAAAUAUAAGGAAUUUUCAUAAAUUAAAAAUUGUAUACCCUUUAAUUCUUUAGUAGUUUAUUUUAGUAUAUGUAAUUUAUAAUAUAAAUAUAAUUUAUAAUAUGAAUGAAAAUUACAAAAUUUGCUUGUUACUUUCAGAGUUUUCAGGUUUACAUAACCCAUUGGCUUUUCUUUGCAAGGAAGUAGUGGCUGAAUGAGAGCUUGGAUUUUGAAGCUGUAUUUCCUAUUUCAAAUUUCUGUUUCACUACUUACUAGCAAGGUGACCUUGGCCAGAUUACUUCUCUCUUUGUCUAUUUACUCUUUAGUAAAAUCAGGAUUAUACUAUUACUUACCUCCCUAGGUUGUUGUGAAAAUUAAACGAGAUAUUUAAAAUAUUCGGAAGCGUGCAUGACACACAGUAAGUGCUCAGUGAAUCUUAACUAUUUUGUUUUCGUGCAUAUUUUUCUUACUGACACUAAAAGGCCCCGUACUUAAGAUUCUAUCUAGUUCAAGCCCAAAAUAAAGUAUUUUCAAGAUCAAGUAGCAGUUUGUUAGCCUAAUAAAUCAGUUAUUUAAUAAAGUCAAAUAACAUACUCUUCAGAUAUGUGCUCUAGUUUUUGAUAAAAUUUUUACAAAUUUUAUCAAAUGUUAGUUUGAAACUAGACAGUUUACAUAUACAUCUAAGUUAAGAGUAGGGGCUGUCUUUUUUCUGCUAAUUGCCUUUGUGCAAAGUGAUAGGUGUUUGGUAUUAGCAGAAGCUGUUAUUGAUAACAGUCAAUAAUUAUUGUCUGGAUUUCAUAAUUGAGGAGACUGCGCUUUAGAGUAGUUAAGUAACUUACUUGAGGUCACAAAGCCAGUAAAUGGCUGUCUUACUUCCAACACAUGUGCUCCUAUCUCGCAUGGUGACUCAGUGAGCAAACCAGAGGGCGGACUGUAUUACAGUAAGAUAAAAUAGCCAUUGAUUUUUGUCCUCCACCUUGAAUGAAAUGAAUGAAGUAAAUACCUUUUCGGGAUAAGACUGUCAAUGAUGAAUUUAAUACUAAGGUUAUUACAUUAUGAGAUGAUUUUAAUUAUAAAUUAAGAUAGUGGGGACUUAAAAUUGUGUAUAGAGGUUAAAUAACCUGCUAGUCCUAGUUAUAUAAAUUAAUCAGCUUAGGUAUCUUCCCUAUCUCUGCUAGCUGUAAUAGAACAGAUGAAAUAUGAGACUCCAUGGCAAUAGUAUUUUGGAAAAUAGCAGUUUAUUUGAAACUAGAAAAACAUUUUUAUAUAAUUUGUAAAACAAAAUAUUCUGUUUUACCAUUAUUGCCAGGGGAAAGUUACAAGUUGGUACCUGGCACAGAGUAUGCACUACAUGUCUACUGUUUAAUAUUUAUGCUUAAUUAGUAUGCUUGCAAUUUGGACACAUUUAAUUUUCUUCCUUUAACCUCAGACUUUUUAGGAAACAGUUGUGGUAAUAACAGUACAAAAAAGUAUUUUUCAAAUAUUUAAGCAUAAGCUUAAGUUCUCUCCCUGGCCACUCUCCCAAACAGGUGAUUUUCAUGAUGUGAGAGUUGUCUGUCUUCUAAAUAUAUCCCCCAGAGGACCUUAUAUUACUAAGAUUUUUGCAAACACUAAAAUAAUGUCAACUAUGAUACAAGUAUUAGAAGAGUCACCAUUUAUUGAGUUUAAUGUGUGACAGCCACUGUGCUGAGCGCUAUAGUCAUUCCCUCAUUCAUUCUUACAACAGCUGAGGUAUAGGUUCUGUUACCAUCCCACUAGACAGGGCAAGAAGCUCAGAGUUAUGUAUUGCCCAAUGUCACAGUUACUGACAGAGCUGGGAUUCACACUGGUUUCUUUCUCAAAACCCCAAUUCUUAGCUACCACGCUUUAUUGCCUCUUGUGGAACUGGCUUCAAUAGGCUUCUUAGUUCUUUGCUUAACAGCAGCUUAGCUCCUGACUUAGGGAGCUAAAGUGACCAGAAAGCAGUUCACUGAGCAUCUUGAGUAUAUGGACCUAAACUGGCCUCUUAACAUCAAGGGCAGUGAUGGGAAAGGAGAUCUUUUAGACACCGAAACAGUUAAGCACAGAUAUAACUGGUGAACCAUGCGUGGAAACAGAUAGCCUUAGUUUUUUCACUAUGAUACUAUAUGACCCUUCCAAUGUAAUAAGGUUAGUUUGCAGUAACUAAUGCUUUAUUACCAGGAGUGUGAUUGGAAGAUGAUAUGGAUUCAGUAGUUGUUUAAAAACCAUUUAUAACACUUAAGGUUAUUAAAACUUCAUUAACUGGAAUUAAAGCAGCAUAUUUUAUCUAAUGGUUUUAUUUCUUUUUAUUUGCUAUUUAAAUAUUUUAAAGAACUUAACCAUAAAUACAUUUCAAUCACAUAGGCAAUUAAGCAGGUAUAUAAGUAAUGCUUCUUCUACUAGGUGGCCUUGUAAGAUGCAAAACAUGCAGAGGAAAAGGGAGCAUUUUUUAUUCCCCAAGGACCAAAACUAAGAAAUUACAGGCAGAGACAUUGUCUUUUGACUUAAAUCUCCUAAUUGCAUGAUGGCAACAAACAAAACAGUAAAUGCAGGCUCACAGCUACUAUUAAUUGUUGGAAUUUCUCAGAUGCAUGUAUUCAAUUUCACUUCUGGAAAUAAAAUUUAGAUAACAUAUGUGUUAUAACCUUUAUUUGAAUUAAAGAUAGAAAACAAUGUACUUUAAUUUGCAGUUUAAUGAUGUAAGUUAUUAUAACAAUCUAAAAUAGUUUAUAGUAAUUCCUUUAUUAUCCUUUUAAACAUUAUAUAUGUAAGGAAUAAAGCUAAUCAUUUAUGAAGUUUAACAAUAAUCAGAAAAUUUUCUUCAAAAGAAUUUCCUUAAGUAUGUUUGUUGCUUAGGUAUAAAGCUCAUAAUUGCCAAAAUACUUAUAUUAAAAGCACGAACCCAAGUCAUUACAUAAAAAUAAGAGCACGUUUGUAAAAAAGUGCUAUAGAAGAAGGUGCACAAAAAUCAUGCACUUUAUACAUACUUUCCAAAAGGACGUAAACUGUAUUUUAGGCGCUGUCAUCUCUAGAUUUUCUGUACCAACAAUAUAUAGCAGGACUUUUGAUGUCCAGAUGCUAUUGCAGAAAGAUGACUAAGGCAACCACGUGCAGAAAGCUUGUAUGUAAUGCCCCAAAAAUACAAAGAAAGACAGCAUUCCAAACAUAAAGGUUUGCAGUGAUAGUCUGAUACCUGAAAGGCUUGGAGUGUCUUCAUGUGAUUAAAAAGUAAAAAUCUAAGAAUGCCACUGGAGUCAUAUGAAUGGUACUUGAUAUACAGAAUCUUCACCUUUAAAAUUACUUUUUAACUUUUUAAACAGGCAGGCAUUUCAUUUCUGUGCUGUUUUAUCGAGUGUCUAUGUGGCUUAUGUACUUUAUAAAUAGCCAAUUAAUUGUGAGAGCCAACUACUCCUAAACCCUAGUAAAAAUGGACAUAUUUUAAAUAUGGAAUGUUUAACAUAGAUAUUGGACUUCAAAAAUGACAGUCUUCAACAAUUCCCCAUGUUUUAUCAUAUUGCAUAGCUGAAAAUUCAUCUACUAUUUAUAAGUGCUCUGUUCAUUCAGGCAGAAUUUUGCUCCAAUCUCCUUCAUUUUCCUUCUUUCAUACUGUAUAGUGGA